CAGCUCGGAUCGGUUGCAGAUCGUGCAUUGAAUUCAUUAAACCGUGAUCGUGAUUUUUACAUUCAUUCCCCAACUUGCUCGAAUCUCAUUUAUUUUUAAAAUAAUUGAGAACUCAAUUAUCAAUUAUGUUGAUUUUGCUGAUCGAAUAAUAAAAUUAAAGGAGAUAACAUUUCAGAGACAGUUAUCGUUAGGAAUAGUUCUGUUAAAAAUGUCGCAAGAUAGAGAAGAUACAAUUCUUCUAAAAUCAUUUAGCAGUGAUCGGAACGAAGGUGCCACAAUUUCUAGUUCUCGAACGGGCAUUUCUGAUAAGGAUGUUGUAACCAGCCAGCCUUAUACUUCCGAAGAUGUCAUUCAACCUCGGAAGUCAGUAGACUAUGGAAAAUAUCGGGACGAUGGAUGCGACUGGAUGUGUUGCUGUUGUGUCCAAUUCUUUGAUUUGUUUUAAUUGCAGAUUCUUGCCCAUGAUAUAAUACACAAUAAGUUAUUGUCAAUCAUUAUCACUCCAUUAGAAUGCUGUGCAGAUCGUGAUACAAAUAAUAAGUUGACUUUUGGACCCUCCAUCAAAUUAUGCAGAUAAAUUCGGAUUCCAGUUUCUGAAUCAUCUACCACAAGCGUGAAUGGGUCAGCCACAUGUGUUUUAUGAUUGUAAUUUGAACUCCAUAGUUCCAUACUACCGACAAUGGACAACGUACAUACAUACACAAAUAACUGGAUCGACCAAAUGUCUUUGAUACAAAAUCACUAAUAUCAUUAAAGCACACUUCAUCUAAGACACUGAACGAGCCUGAAGGGAUAACGGGAAUAUGAGAGUGGUGGCUGCAUGUUUUUAGAAACUAUGUAUAAAUAUGCAUACAUAUUGUCCAUGCAUUCCUUAAGAUCUGAAUAAUGUUAUACAUUUACAUAUUCGCUAUACUUAUAUGAAACUAUAUAUCUAAGUUAAAAUAGUCUUCUAAUAAAUUUCUAAAUCAACAAAUUUAUAACUGUCAAAUACAUUUCUGUACUUAUCUUAAAUCAUUGAAAUUAUUGCAUAAUUAAACUAAUUAUACAUAAAUAUAUAAUGUUUCACUGUAUAAAAUUUAACAUUUUAUUUUAUUUAUUGCAAGUAAUAUAAAUAUUAACAAACAUAUACACACGAAUAUAUACGGAGAGACAUAUGUAUAUAUAUCCGUAUGCAUUUGUCUAUGAUAUACGGAUUCAUCCCGUGUGCUUCCUGUGGUAUCUGUUUCUUUUCGGCCUUGAUCCACAAUGCUGAUGAUGAUCUGAAGUUGCAGAUCAGUGUUUAAACACAAAUCAUCACUUGUUUCUAUUUAAUAGCAAAUUGCUGAAAUAACUAUGUAAAUACGCAUAAAUAUUUUUUCAGACUACUAAUAAAACGGGUAACUGUUAGCCAUGAUUCCUAAUUUGUGGUCACACAUUGUCUUCAAAACUAUACGUAUAACACCAUUAGCAUUAAAAAACAAACUAUCAAAGUCGAUUAUUAGUAAAAACCUGUCAUGUUUAAACUACUCGACAAAAAUUGCUCCCCCAAAAAUUAUCUACCAAAAAAUUCGCGUGUUCGAUUGCGACAUGAACUAUGUCGAAAUGGAAGGAAAUCCUGAUCACGUCGUUUUUAUUCUGCCAGGUGCAUUAAGUUCGAUCGAACAGGAUUUUGUACCUCUGUUACAAAACUUUGACUCCAAAAAGUACAAAGUGAUUGCCUAUGACCCACCCGGCUAUGGGGGAAGUAGACCUCCGAAUCGAUGGGACAUAAAAGGAAUCGUUGCGGAAAGUGAUGCUAAUUACGCGACUGAAUUGCUAAAGAAACUAGGACAUCAAAAAUAUUCCCUCGCAGGAUGGAGUAUGGGCGCUUUCACGGCGGCUAUUAUGGCAUUAAAAAAUCCAGAACAAACCAGAAAGCUAGUCGUGUGGGGAAUGGGUGGAUAUUUUGAUGAGGUUACAAGCAAUAACUUGAAAACAAUGGCCAGUAUCGGUAUAAGCUGCCUUCCAAAAGCAAGAUUAUCACAACUUUUAAAUAUUUAUGGAGAGGAAGACCUCAAAAAAAUCUUUUACAAAUGGGUGUCACAAGAAGCUGAUGAAAGUGUAGCAGUAGAUUUUACAAAAGAUGGGCUCUUCACCAAGCAGUGUUUGAAUCAAUUGAGGAUACCCACCUUAAUUAUUCAAGGAGCUAAGGACGGAUUUGUGCAUGUGGAUCACAUGGAGUACCUUCAUCGAAAUAUUAACGGCUCAAAGACCCAUCUCAUAAAAAAUGGGAGCCAUGCGACACACUGUGCACCCAGUGAAAAGGAGUUUUUAACAGUUGUAGAUAAAUUUCUGAGCUCUUAAGAUUAAUGGAGAUUCAAGAUGACAAUAUUUAUGUAUUUAUUUUUUCAAGUGCAGUAAAUCACAGGCAUAUUAAUAA